CCCUCUCCUUCACCCUAGCUGCUGUGAUGAACGAUCCGCCCCUGAACCAGACUUACCGCCAUCUUGAGAACUUGCUGGCGUGGUCCCAGGAUUUCAGGAUAGGUCCUGACUCCAGUCCCAGCCAGUACAGGACACGGGAGGCUGGAGACUACACCAAUAUGAAGGUGAAAGUGCUGUUCAAGGGGGUGGACUUUGACAGCCAGUUGAUGAGGUCACUAUCCCUGAGGGACCAACUGAAGCAAGAGCUUUACACAUUGGUCAGCUCUCAUAUGGCUCAGGAGGUCGCACAGACAGUGGAUGAUGUGUGGAUCAGAGGGAACUACAUCUCAUUCUCAGUGAACAAGACCACAACUGGUCAAGCUAACUUGUUGAGUUCUGAGGCGGCCAAACUGAAGGCAGUUGUAGACCAAGGAGUGGUCAAUGUCAAGGUCAGUGGACUGACCCUUCAGGCUGAAGAUGUGGUGGUGGAGGGAAGCUUUGAGGAUCUGUGUCCUCAACCAUGCUCCCCCCAAAAUGGAACAACAGAGAUGAUCUGUGAUGGCCGGCCUCACUGUCACUGGUGUUACCUUGACAACCAGCCAUACUGUGGUGACGACUGCCUUCUGCAAGAGAGGUUCUCUGACAUAAGUGUGUUCCUGCCAUGCCUACCAGACACACUGACACCUGCAGAUGAGCAGGAACUGCUGCAAGAUUUUCGAUCAAAAAUUCUGGCUAUUGCACCGGUCACUGAGAAAGGCAUUCAGAACCUUACUCUCCAGGGGCAAACCAUCCACUUUGCCAUUCAAGCAGCACUGAAGGGGCUAUCAAUAGCAGAUGCCAGACAGAAGAUCCAGAACCUUCUGGCCAUGACUAACUUCAAACUUGGCACCAAGCAAGAACCUGGUGCUUUCACAGUGUCGGCUGCUGAUGAUUACACCAAUGCUGUUUUCACUCUUAUAUUAAAUGGUGUGGAUUUUGACCAGCUGUUAGCCCGCUCUCACAGUCUGAGGAAGGACAUAAUGGCAGAGCUAGAGAAACAGUUGACAUCCUAUUUCAGUGCCGCGGUUGUCAGGUCACUGGGACAUCUGAGUCUACAUGGGAAUAACCUUACUUUUGCUCUCAGUAAGCCGAAGAACCUUACAAGUAUAAAUUUGAAGUCGGAAGCAGAGGCUUUUUUCAGGGCUAUAGACAGUGGCAAAGUCAAGGCCAUAGUGGCUGGAAAUGAGGUCAAGGUCAUAGGGAAGACUAAGACAUUUUCAUUUGAGUCUAUGUGUGACCAGGAGUGCAGCACUAGCACUCAGCAUGCUACAUGUGUGUCUAAGCCAGGAUGUGGGUGGUGCACUGUUGGUGAAGGACCUUACUGUGGUGAUAACUGUUAUCUGACAGAGAGGUUGCCAUACCAGGCCUUCAUCCCCUGUAACAGGACAAUGAAGUUCAAUGCAGCAGAGAUCAGAGAAGUGGAAAGAAAUUUUAGAGCAGAUCUUGUUAGAUGUUUCCACCCAGCUCUUACAGAUAAGAACAUUCCAGAGGUGACAGUGAAUGAAGAAGGUGUGAGGUUUGUCCUCCAGGGAAGUAUGCAGGUGUCUGAUCUCUCUCCGUACAACAAGACCGUGCUGGAUGCCAUGUUCUCUGUAGCCGGCCGGUUCUAUGUGGGACCUGACGGCAAAACUGACAUUCCAACAAGGAACAAAGAUGACUUCACCGAUGUACUUAUGACAAUGGAGUUCCAAGGAGAAGACAUCUUAUCAUUUCACACUGAAAUUAUUCAGGGACUGAAGACUUUCUUCAGCUCUGAGUUGCCAGCAGAAGUGAUGUCAACGUUUACUGUCACGGACAUACAAGGGGACACCAUAACAUUCACAUUCUACAAGGCAGAGAGAAGCACAGUAAACUUAGUCUCCAUGGCCGAGAGACUUGUCCAGCAGCAGAACAGUGGGGGGUCCCUGAGAGUGGCACUGGCCAAUGGUCACUCACUGACCCCCAGCAGGGUGACCUAUACUGUGGACUAUCACAGCCUGUGUUCAGGUCCGAGACCAGCCAUCAUCUUCACCACGACUUUAUCUCCACUCACCACCGAGUUGCCUAGCAACCAGACCAAUGGGACGUCAACUGGUAUCAAGAAUGUUGCAAACUCCACUCCUCCCAAUGUGCCAACAACAGUGAUGGUGGAUUCUACAACUGCUGGUAAUAAUGUAUCCACUGCAUCAAUUGUCUUUAGGUCAACAAGUGUGCCAUCUUCAGCACCCCCUGGUGUCACAACCAUACCAGGAAUGCCUAACAUUACCACUGCAACAACCUCAACAAAGGACACUGGGAUAAGUGGUAAAUCUACUGAUGGUGUCAAAACCACCCUCCAUUCCAGCAAAUUACCAACAUCUGGAACAACUGUGAGCUCUCUCACAGGAAAGACUAGUUCGGGGGGACUGAACAAUGUGUCGUCUGCUGCAACUUCAGGGGUUACCAUGACAACAAAAAUGGGAGGAGCCUCUACAGGGUCUGGCCAAUCAACAGUCAGCAUGUCAUCAGUGUCAGUGUCAGUCACUCCCUCUCUGGGUGUCAAUGUUGGUGGUAAUAGUAAUGGAGGGCAGGGAACAACUACAAUGGGAACUAAGUCUUCUCCAGACAGCUUGGCAAAGACAACUCCAGGAAACAUGGUUUCUUCCACAGCAAGUAGCGCAGUAAACAGUCAGCAGACUACUCAGAGUAGGGUAACAACAGGAACUUCCACCAACAGCACAGCCACGCCACCUGGUAUCCAGACAUCUCUGGCCAACACCUACAGCAGUGUGGACAGUAAGACAACUCCUUCUCCAACUGGAAUAAAACCUCAGAUCAAUGUGAUACCAGGUAAACCAGGUGUAGGGGGUACAACACCUGGACAGGUUACUGUACAGAUCUCCAAGUCGUCUGCUGCACCCACCUCUGCCUUACUGCCUACCAGUCUGCCCCCUAGUGGCACGUGUGCUCCAUCUAUAACUAUAUACUACAACGGAACUCCAGAGGCUUUGAAUGAAAUUAUUGACGUCCUGAACAACCGCACAAACUGUAGUGAGGUUGAUGUGAAGAAUGCACGUGCGGGGUUAGUUGUGCCCCCUGUGACCCCGCUACCUUCUGUCAACCCUAUGGGCCCUGAGAAACAAAUUUUAACCAAUGAGAAAACAGACACAGACACACACAGCAGUCAGAAGGUUGGCCUCGGUUUGGGAAUACCUCUAGGAAUUCUGGGAACAUUGGCAGCCUUGGGACUUCUGGGUAAUGAUAUUGCUGUAGAAAACAAUUUAACUCAAGAUGCUUGA